AUGGGACACGUUGAUAACACAGACCACAAUGUGGAAAUGGACACGGGUGACGUCGAGAUGGACGAAGAGAAUACGCAAGGUACCGAUGCGGGGGUUCCACAUCUGUCCUCGGAACCUUUAAAGACACCCAUUGAAAGGCAGGGAGACACGGGUGAUGUGGAGAGGGACGGAGAGAAGACGCAAAGUAACAAUGAGGGGGUUCAGAAGGACAUAGACAUGGGAGUUCAACUACCAAAUUCCACCGUGUCAGGAAGUGCGGAGACCCAGGAUGACACGCAAGACAAUGAUGACAAGGGCAACAAGGAUGGCAAAAAACCCACACCAAAAAACUUUGGUGAACUUGAGAAUGAGAAACAGGACAGUGACAGCAAGGGCGAUACUGAGAAAAGUGACGAUGAAGGCAGCGAGGGCAAGGGCAACACUGAGAAGAGUGAGGGAAGCCAGGAAGAAAGGAAAGGCAGUGAGGAUGGAGAAAAGCAGAACAGUAAAGGCAAAGAAGCUGGGGAAUCUUCUAACCCCGCCCCGCCGCCUUUGUCUAAUGGUUUGCCUGGGAUCUCCUACCACUACCAGUCCCUCGCUUCAGAGGGAGGUAACCUGAACGCUUGUCUCCGACAGGGGACGUUGCAACAGCUACACAAUGCUGUUGAGAACGAAACCUUGAAUAAAAUUGUCAACUACUUGGAUAUCCCAAUGCCAAUGAAAGCACUGAUUAUACUGCGCUUUAUGCCACGAUGGGGGAUUGGAUGA